AUGGACCUCCCACUUAAUCUUGUAACCUUUUUCAAUCGUUAUUCUAAAGAAGAAUUACAUCAAAUUGGUAUUUCCAUUAUUCAAUAUUCGCAACAAUUUGUUAACAAACAAAAUCAUGAUAUUCCACCAUUGCAAUCUCACCGUUCUUCAAACAAUCCUUCUUCGAUUAUUCCACCGCCUUUAAUGGAUCAACAACCACAAAUCAUCUCCAUUUUCUCACCCACUCAAAGUAGUCAAGUUGGUCAAGGUCGUCAUAAAAACAGUGAAGAUUUUUAUUCAAAGACAACUCGUUUUAAAAAUUAUGUUCAAGCACCCAGCAAUCAACAAUUUCAACAACAAGCCAACGCAACCACCAACUUUACUCAUCCCCGUCAACGCUUCAAUAUCAACACUCUUAAAAGGGCUGUGACAAACCACCUUCCAGCCUUUCAUAUCAUGUUCGACCCGUCAAUCGAUAUUAAUAAUAUACCUUCAAGUACUCAAGUAGCAAUCAUGCUAAAAAAGGCUUUUAUCGACAACAAAUUACCUAUUAAAGAAUUAUCACUAUGUACAUAA